CGUUUCUAGUGAACUCAAGGAUUUUCAAGAUUACGAAACAACUGGCGAGGAUUAUGGCACUGAAACCUAUCAAGUCAUGACACUCGAUGAAACUAAGUUCGUUUCGGAAAAGUCGUUCUCGAAAGGAUUGCCAUCACUUUACAUAACAGAAGAACUGUCGACACAAGCAAUUUAUGACGAAAGUGUCCUUAACGGGAAAUCAGUUGCAAUCGAAACGACUGAGGAGUACAAGAAAGAAGAGAAACCUUUAGAGACGGAAACUAGCAUUUUCGUAUCUCAACCGCUCCUGCAGACGGUUUCAGAUUUUUCCGACUCUGAUUACAAUGACGGUGUUGGAGAGGAAGAUGACUUAAGCGAGAGAGAGUUUUGUGAAGGAUUUGAAGAGAUGGAAGAGAGCGGCGGAAGAGAUACACUGUCAGGAGAGCCAACUAACGCUGUUUCUAAAAGCGUGUUAAGCGAGUCGCAAGUUGCAGAGGAAGAAAAUAAACUUGUAGACGCAACUGACAACGCACAGAAAUCUAAGGAACAAGAGCUUGUUUAUGUUCAUGCAAGAGAUGUCGAAAGAGAAAGCAUUGUCCAUACGGAAGGAAAAACGAAGGAAGACACUAAGGAAAUCGAAGAAAAAGGUUUUACACAUCAGAUGCAGACGUUUACGACUGUGAGCCAGAGAGAACAGAGAUCUGUGGAAGUCAAGUCUAGUUAUCAUGUUAUGGAGAGCAGAGAGUCACAAAGCAGCGAACAUAUCUAUACUGGAGAAGAAGAACAGCGAAUGGAAAUAUCGCACACAAUUGAACAGAAAGUUCAAGUUAUUGCAUCGAAAACAACGCGUCAGGUAUCUUCCACAGAUUCUCACAUUGCUACUGCAAGUGAAGAAAUUCACUACAAGGCCGACAAAAACAGUGAGGGUAUACUAAAGGAAGAAUUAAAAACAGUUCAAGAAAUCUCUUUCACUCCAACAAAACAAACAACCCGACAAACCUCGUGGGAAAACGAUCAACACUAUGUAAAGAAUGAUCAGCUUAGUGAAAGUAUUUUAGAGAAAGAAGUUGAGGAUCAAGAAACCAAGAAGAAUGAAAGACUACUUUCAGAGGACGAAACAGAGGUUCGUCUUUUAAAGAGCGAAGUUAUGAAAUCCAAGGCGGCUGAGCAACAAGAAUCCUCGGGGAACCCACAUGUGAUGAUAGAACGGGAGUCAAAAUUUGUGAGUCUUGUUCACUCUGGAGUUAAGGACGUUCGAGAAGUUCUACAGGUUAUACGACAGGAAGACGUAACUGUCAUUUUAAAAGAUGACGAAGCUUCUCUUGAAGAAGAGUCAGCAGAAGAACACUUUGAAGAAGAAAUCGAUAUUAUGCGAAUGGAUGAAGCCUUGUCAGAGGAGGAAUUCCGUGGCGAAGGAGCUGAAAAUGUUGAUCAUAGCAGUUCAAGAUUAUCCAAGACCGAUUCAGUAGAGGAAAUAGACAGAUGGGACCAAGAGGAGGGAAGUAAACCUCUCGAGGAUGAACGAAAAAAACAUCUCUUUGAGGAAGAAGUAGACGUCAGCGAAGUGCAAUCUAUCUAUGAGGAGGAAGUGGAAAUGCAAAGGGUCAAGCUAAAAGAGGACGGAGACCCUUCUGAAACUAAGGAUAAUGUCGUCAGUAGCACGCCUACUUUUGAAGAAGAAGUUGAGACAGCAGCACAUGGAAGCACUAUUCAAGCGGAAGAAGGCAGCUUUGAAAGCCAGACGGCUGACAAUAUGCAAUUAAGACCACAGUCAACGGAGUUUGAGGAGGAAUUGGAGGUAUCUACACUACAAGAAGUUCAAGAAGUGGGCUCAGAGGAUUUUGAUCCAGAAGGUCAUUCAGUAGCAGCGGUAUUUGAAGAAGAGGUGGAGAUUUCUGCUUCAAGAGAAGAGUACCAAGAACCCAUGAUGGUUAAAGACGAAGAACGCAAAACAGUUUACUACAUAGAAAGUUCAGAGCAGUUUGUUGAAGAAGGACGUGCUAAACUUGUUGAAAAGAGAUCCACACGAAGGCAGCCGCUUGAUUUGAGCCAAGUUGAUCUGUAUGAAGAUGAAGGAGCAGCAACACGGUAUUACGUUGAACUGUCAUCAACAGAGAGCCUGGAACGAGCUUAUGAGGAGGUAGAAGAUGAAGUACCGUUCACCGAAAAAUUCGUGCGACAGGGAGAUCCAUUGGAAGAAAACCUUGAAGAGUUUAUUCUCGUGCGAUACGGUGAUGAAUUUGAAUCUUCUGGUGAGGAGGACCUUUCUGAGCAACGAGAAAUCUACGUCAUUCCUGAGGAGGAUAAUGAUGGUGAAAACAACAACCUUGUAGAAUACCCGAAGGAAGAGCUUGAAAUUGAAAAGGAACCACUCGCGGAGAGUUUUUACGAGAGAGAAUACAAAGACGUUGGUCUAGAGGAAAUCCGAGAGUCUCCAGAAUUCGGAAUCGACGAUUCUCCAGAAGACGAAUUGGAUGAAGAGGAACAGCGUCAACUCGAAGAAUAUGAACGGCUGGAGUCAUUUGUUAUCUUAGAGGAGAAAUUGAGCCAAGUGGAGUCCGAUGAAGACUGUGAUGAUGAGAAUGGGGGUUUCAGAGGGCAGGAAGGGGACGAAAAUGUCUUCCAUUCAGAUGUACAUUCUAGCAGUGAAGAAACUUUGCACGAGGAUGAAUUAGGUGAGACCAUGACGACUUCUUCGAUUAGACAUGCAGCAGUGUCUGCUGAUACCGAAUCAAAUGAAGAUAAAAAUACGGAUCGCCAGAGUAGCGGCACACACCAAGAACUCGCUGAGGAUUCCUUUGUAGUAAAAGAUGACGAAUUGGAGGUUCAGGAGGGUUUUGCUGAGAGUGCAGUGAAAGAUUUUUCCAGUGAGGAAUUUCAAACGUUACCAAUACAGAAGGGUAUUCUUUCUGAUGAAGGAGAUCGAGAGAACGUGAAAGCAACUCCAGAAUCUGUUGAAAAAGAAGUACACCCCGAAUCCAGAGAAGGAAAAGACAAUAAAAACGAGCACAAUCUAAGCAGUGACUCUUCUGGUGAACAAAGUAUUUCAAGUGAAGGAUCAUUGUCCUCCACGGCCUCAGUUGAUCUUGAAGGUGAGAGAGAACUUUCCUUUUUCUUUCAAUUUGACAUAAAUGGGAUUUUUUUUCCUUUCACUUUCAAGGUAUAAUGCUCUCUACUCUUUUCCGUGAUGAUUUUCUGUUCCUUGUAUUAUACAUAAUCACGGAGGAUUUCUUUGAUAGAGCAAUAUUGUGACUAAACAAAAUAUCCUUGGAAAUGUAUUUUUUAGGAUUAAAUGACUUUGAGCAAGAUUGUCUUUUGCAACACAACUUCUACCGGCGGCAACACCGAUGCAAACCUCUGAAAUGGUCUGAAGAACUCGCCGCUGGCGCAAAAGAGUGGGCAGAAUAUUUGGCAUCGGUGAGCUCCCUCGAGCGCUGCGACGGGAAAGAAUUUGGUCAAAAUCUCGCAACUUUGCAAGGAAAAGAAUUUAGUGGCUCCGAAGUUGUUGACACUUGGUAUGGAGAAUCAUCAGAGUACAAUUUUGAUGAUCCUGCCUUUAACGCCAAAUGUGGUAAUUUUACGCAAGUUGUUUGGACUUCGUCCUCUGAGUUCGGUGUGGGGAAGUCUGUGGCUGAUGAUGGAACUCAGUAUGUCGUGGCGUGGUAUAAACCUUCAGGAAACGUCGUUGGAGAAUUUAAAGACAAUGUAAAACCACCUAAAGAUUCUUCUAGCCGAGUGCGAAGACGAAGGUCAAGUGCCAGGAGACGUUCCCGGUCAGGAAUUCCGCCUUCCACUCCAGCGGAAAGAGGUAGUGACCAUGAUUAAAUUAGAGACUUACUUGAGAACUUCAACUGCCGGUGGAUAACUUGUUUGUCUACCGCGGCAUUCAUGGAAUGAAAAUUUUGAGGCAUGCGGUUUCAAGCAUGUCGUUAUGUGUAUUUUUUUGUGUACAGACAGCUGCUUAAAUUUACUUAAGAACAGAGCAGUUUUGGCAGAUAAUGGCGUAGCACACCAACUAGACAGAGGAAGUGAGACUAUAUGUAAGAAUGGAAGGCCACAUCUAGUUGGAAGACUAAGCUCGAUUACCGAUUAAUUAAGACUUCUCUUAAAUACGGAUUGAUAACCAAAUUUAUCGCUUCAUUGCCCUCGUGAGCAUCCUCUUGCGCUGUUAAUACAUUGCGUUCAUGAGACAAAGACUAUCCUUGUUUUUUCCCAACCUUAUUUUGUGUUGCUUUUUUUUCGUUUCUGUUUGCCAUUCUACACAGGUUUAUAUCAUGUUCUGUUGUUUUCCUUUACUCACACUUUUCAUUUUUGUAAGCUCAUUUCCUCAUUUUUUACGUCAUCAGAAAAAUUUAAAACCGAGUGCGUCAUCUCACAUAAUUACUACCGUACAUUUCACAAUGCUCCUCCUCUGCGUUGGUCUCCAUUGUUGGCUGCCGAAGCGCAGAAUUACGCAGAUCGCUUGAUUAAGACAGGCUCACUUACUCACAGCGGGCAAAAGGACCGCGGGGAAAACCUGGCCUACACAUGGGAUAGCCCGCUUUCUGCUCGAGGAGCGGUAGACUUGUGGUAUGAUGAAGUUCAAGAAUACGACUUUGAUUGCCCGGGUUACACAUCCAAUACGGGGCAUUUCACGCAGUUAGUCUGGGUAGGAACAGAAGAAUUUGGAAUGGGAAUGGCUGUAGCUCCCGAUGGGAGACAUGUGGUCGUCGGAAGAUACUAUCCUCCGGGAAACAUCGUAGGACAGUUUAGAGCAAAUGUGCAUCCAAGGGAAAUUGCUGGAAUUCCAUAGUGGGGUUUACAAUGAUAAUACAUGGUUAACAGUAUUAGGAAAGUGAUCUCGGACUUAGAAAAAGCGACAGAUGAAAUGGCCCGUUUUUAGUUGUCGUGAAGUCUUGGAAAGAGUAUUUAUUACACGUGAUAUUUGGAAUACGUCAGUUUUAUUUGUCAUAUUGAUCGUUUCACAAUAUUAUCAGUCUCAUGAGAAGUCUAAUGGAAGAUAGUUGAAACCUCUGUUAGACAAAAUUGAGGUUCAUUUUAAUGUUUAUGUACCAUGAGGGCCAGCUUAUGUUGAGCGAAACAGCAAUUUAACCUGCCAAAUUUACGUUAGGAAGUGCCUUUCCGAUCGAGAUGCGAAAAUGCAAGAAUGAGGUGAUAAGGUGUAUGCACGUGUUUUAGUUGAGCUUAAUUUUUUGGGUAGUGCCCCUUCUUCUCUAGAAGACUGAGGAAAUCCGUCACUAAAUUAGGGACAAUGAGGAAGUUCCCACGCCCCCGUAAAAUUCUGAAUUUAAUCAGAUAUGCAGCCUUAGGAAUGUUAACUAUUCAGCUUUUGCUCAAUUCUAACUCUACACUUGAUCUUGACGGUACUGUCCUGUCAGACUAAUCUUGGUAGUUACUCUAAAUCAUUAGUUAAACUUGAGCCAAGAGCGCAUCAACCAAACAGACAGGAUUCUUGAUGAUUUUUUUACCUUAAAAAAUUUUAACCCGAGGCUGAAAAAUUAUCAAAAAGGAAGUUAAAAGCGUUACCUUUGAGCCAUUUCAAGUGACGAUGCAGGCACGAAAGACUAAUUUAAAGGUGACACAAAACUAGAUUUUCAUUUAAUUUUAAAGGUUUUCGUUUCGUAAUUUCUUAAAGUUAUUUUUAGUCUCGUUUUGGAUGGAAAAUCGCUUCAAAAUGUUUUAUAAGUCUGUUUUAGGUUAUUUUUGUACUGGGUAAAGUAUAUGGGAUAGAAGGAAUAACUUUGAACAUUUCCGCAUCAAUUUGCAUUAGGAUAGAUAACUUCUAAUGACAUAUAAAAAGACAGUGAAUAAAUUUGAAGGCGCGCUCUGAUUGGCGAGUCAAACUCCUAAUAUCCUUUGCCAUUCUCCAUCGAGUAACUCACGCGGGGAAUUGCUACCAACGACUAUCGUAAUCGUUACCGGAAUAAAUGAGUUAAAAUCAUCUUUUUGUGCUAUAUUAUCUCACUGUUUUGGUAUAUCUGAUACAACUAUGCACCUCAGUGUCGGACGCUAGUGAUAUUUUCCUCGCCGCUUCGCGGCACGGUAAAUAUCACCACAUGCCACCUCCACUUCGGAGAGUAACUGCUAAUUAUUAAUAAGGUUUCAAAAGGAUAUUGAAAUGCAGUUUGCGUCUGCGUUAGGAUCGAGAACAUUUAGCCACUUAUUGAAUAAUAAUUAGCCUUACUUACAGGCUAUCUUUCUAAAAGAUUCUUAUAAAUACUAAACAGCAAACGUUUGUUGCGUUAAGAAAUAUGAAUUAGAAUUCUCUUAAUUUAUUGGAGCAUGUGGGCUUCCAGGGACAUUUAAAGAAUGUAUAUUUGAUUCCAUAUUUAUUUUGUAUUAUAACCUUUUAAGAAUAUUUCUUUGUUAAAGAGAAAUUAUAAUAUGAUAUUUAUUGUUAGAUAGGCUGUUUAAAUUGAGUGUUAUAGAAAUUAUGAACGUAAAUAAAUUGCAGAGUUUAAGCAGG